GGAGGAGCAACUUUAUCAAACACUCACCCAGCACUGGCGAUUAUUAAAGUUCUUCAUAGUCACUUAGUGCAUAAAAAAAUUCCUCUGAGGUAGGAUUGUCCAGUAUCAUUUUUUUAGGGUGUGGUGGUACACACUGUAAUCUGAACUUCAGAAGUUGAGGCUGGAGGACAGGAGGACAGGACCAUCAGGAGCUACAUGGGAAAACUUGUUUUACAGUCAUUGGAAGACUGGGACCAACAUUGAAAGCAUGGCUGAUCUCAAGCAGCUCAUGGACAAUGAGGUGUUGAUGGCCUUUGCCUCCUAUGCAACCAUCAUUCUUACCAAGAUGAUGUUCCUGAGCUCUGCGACUGCAUUCCAGAGGAUAACCAACAAGGUUUUUGCCAACCCAGAAGACUGUGCGAGCUUCGGCAAGGGAGAGAACGCCAAGAAAUUUGUUCGGACUGACGAGAAGGUGGAACGCGUGCGCAGAGCCCACCUGAACGAUAUUGAAAACAUUGUUCCCUUUCUUGGUAUUGGCCUCCUGUACUCCCUGAGUGGACCAGAUCUCUCUACAGCCCUCAUGCACUUCAGAAUCUUUGUCGGUGCUCGGAUCUACCAUACCAUUGCCUACUUGACCCCCCUUCCGCAGCCAAACAGGGGCUUGGCCUUUUUUGUGGGCUAUGGAGUUACUUUGUCAAUGGCUUACAGGCUGCUAAGGAGCAGACUGUACCUGUAAAGAGAAUGGUGCUCUUUACCAUCUGAUUGAAUUUUUUAAUAAAACAAUUCUAUAUUUCCAGUGCA